AAGAGGAGCGGAGGCUGAGGGGAAGAGGGGGAUGAGAGGAGAAAGGAGAGCAGAGUCAGUGUGUUUCGCGACUGAACUGCAGCACAGAGCAUUAUAUCCUGACUGCACUUGAGGAACACACACACAGCUGCACUGAGCCGCCUGAGCAUUCAUGACAGCGCCCGCAGUGAAAUCAUGGUGCUUGGCAUUGCUAAGCUGCAGCAUGCUGCUCUCCCCCGCCGUGACUGCGUACUCAGCUGACUCAGACAAGGGCAGAAGGAAAGUAGUGCAUGUGUUGGAGGAUGAUACUGGAGCAGUGAUCGUACAGACAGCUCCAGGUAAAGUAGUCACGCAUCGCGGUGGCACCAUCACUCUGCCUUGCCGCUACCACCAUGAGCCUGAGAACGUGGAUCUGGACCGCAUCCGCAUCAAAUGGACCAAGGUGUCGGACGAGUUCCAGUUUCAGGACGUGUUUGUGGCAUUGGGCCGGCAGCAGCGGACGUUCGGGCUCUACCGUGGUCGUGUGGAACUGGAGCAGGCAGGAUCAGGCGACGCCUCCAUCAUCAUCCACAAUAUCACGCUGCAGGACUACGGCCGCUACGAGUGCGAGGUCACCAACGACAUGGAGGAUGACACAGGAUUUGUCAAUCUAGACCUUGAAGGUGUUGUCUUUCCGUACUACCCUCGACUGGGUCGCUACAAGCUAAACUAUCAUGAGGCGGAAGAUGCAUGCAAGCAACAGGACGCCAUCUUGGCCUCUCAUGCCCAGCUGCACAAAGCCUGGAAGGAUGGUUUAGACUGGUGCAAUGCAGGCUGGUUGGAGGAUGGCUCGGUACAAUAUCCCAUCUCUCAUCCUCGUGAUCAGUGCGGCCGUAAAGACACUCCUGCUGGAGUUCGCAACUAUGGCUACCGCCACAAAGAUGAUGAGCGCUACGAUGCUUUCUGCUUUACCUCGAAACUCAAUGGCAAGGUCUACUUUCUCAAGCGCUUCAAGAAGGUGAAUUAUGCUGAGGCAGUGAAGGCAUGCCAGCGCGAUGAUGCAGCAAUAGCAAAGGUUGGUCAGCUCUACGCCGCUUGGAAGUUCCAGCUGCUGGACCGCUGUGAUGCAGGCUGGGUGGAUGACGGCAGCGUGCGUUACCCUAUCGUUAACCCUCGUGCUCGUUGUGGUGGAUCAGAUCCCGGUGUUCGAACCCUCGGCUUCCCUGAUAAAAAGUUCCGCCUCUUUGGGGUCUACUGCUUCCGCAAGGAUUCAGGCAGCACUGAGGCUCAGCCCACACAGGCUCCAGUUCCCAGAAGCACAUCAUUCACUAGGAGCAUUUGAGAUUGCAGUUGCACUGCAUUAUUAGCACAGCUUUUGUAGCUUUGCCAAUUUGACUGACAGAUAACGCUAUAUUAGUAGCUAUGCUAGCUGAAGGGUAUCUUUAAGCCAACAUUAUUUCCUUCGCUUGCCUGAAAUGAGAUGUCAGUCAUAUCUGAGGAGACAAUUGCAGUCGUCUGACGUGCUACAAUACGCUAGCUAAACUCAUUAGCUUCUUUUCUUUAGUGUGCUUCAUAUGUAGCAUGGACAGCUAAUGAGGAUUUAUUUUCUGUUGUUUAUUUUGUCAACAAGAGAAAUGAUUCAGAGGAAGCACAGACACUGUGCUAAUUAGAACAGGAGUCUGUCGGAGAGCUAAUUUAGCUCACGUCAUAAUGAAUGUGGGCCAUUAGGCAGAGAACCUCCUGGCCUGAUGAUGAUGGCUGUGAGAAAAGUGAAGAGCUCUGCUUGGCAUGGCAUACUCGUAGUGUGGCAAUUCUUUUUGCUGUUGCACUCAGUGGCAGAAAUAAACAUGCCAUUUACUAAGCAGACAAUAGCCAGCUGUGGAAACAAUUACCUUUUACAAGCAUCAUUUAGAUGAGCAUAAUGUCUUGAUAGCAAUAACUUGAUAAGCAUGUCUUUGAUAGUUGAACAUACCAGCGAGUGAGUUUCAUGUUGCCGCUGCUUUACUACCUCAUUAGUGGUCAAAAAUUGCACUAUUCAUCAAACUGUGACGUGGCACAAUGUUACCUUCAGUAAUGUACUUUAGAUUAAAGAUAUUUUACCUGA